AUGAGAAAAGAAUUAACAAUAAAACAAGAUGACUUUUGGCGUUUAAUCAAUCGAGAACAGUUUCUUUUGUUUUAUUUUGAUGCUCGUCUACGAUAUCGCAUACCUGCAACAACUACUGAAUAUGUUUACGUGCAAGUUCAUUGUGAUGAUAAAACUAUCGGUGAACAUGCUGAACAAUAUAUUUUAUCUUAUAUCGAACCAAAACACACAAAAUCAAUACCUUAUCCGCCUACAUAUAAACAAGUUUUAUGUGAUAAUGAAUUACUGAAUCGUCUGAUGAAAGAAUAUUUAGUUCAUAUUGAAAUUGAAGAUAAAGCUCAAUCACAUAUGCUCGUAUUUCAUUCAACGACAUUGACAGUUUUAUUUUUAGCGAUAGAUGAUUUUCGAAAAGCUAUAUCAAAUGUUCUUGUAUCUGAUGAAUCAAUCAUAACGGAAACGGAAACAGUAUUAGAAUCUUUAACAAAUAAUUUCGAGCAACACUUCACAACCGUUGAUGAGCAAGAUCGACGAAAUGAAGAAAUACGACAAGAUAACAACGAUAAUCAACAACAAAAACAAAGUGGUUUCCCUUCUUAUUCUAGACAAGAGCCACAAUUAAAGAUUCCUUUUCCUGGCGCUGAAUCAAACGCUCAUGAGACUGAUAUAACCGCCCUUAUUGUUCCAACUAAAAGGAAACAUAAUACAAUUGCUCCUCACCAUAAUAACCGCCCACAAGCAUCUGAUAUAAAUGAUAAUGAGCUCGUACGUGAAAUGUAUCAAAAAUUAAAAGGACGAAAUUUACGUGAUGUUGUUAUUGAUGGCGCAAAUAUUGGAAGAACAUAUGGUGAUUCAGAAUUUUCUGCACGUGGUAUAAAAUUAGCAGUGGAUCUAUUUCAUUCGUAUGGUUAUCCGGAUUCAAAAAUUGUUGUUAUUGUACCAGCACAUUAUUUAUCAAAAGAUAAAGAGCAUAUUUUUCCAAAUUUAAUUCAGCGAAAGAUAGUUCAUAAAGCAUUUCAACAAAAAAUUGAUGAUAAAAAUAAACGAUUUUAUGAUGAUAGAUUAAUUGUUGAUGUUGCUGUAGUACGUAAGGGUAUUAUUUUAUCGAACGAUUUCUAUCGUGAUCUGCUUGCAGAUUCAGGUGAUGCUGUACGUAAAACUAUUCGAGAAAGAUUAUUAUGUUAUCGAUUUAUUGGAGAUAAUUUAUGUUUGCCUAAUCCAGUUUCUGAAGGAGGUUUACCGCUUGACACUUUUCUGUCCAUGUGA